AUGGCAGAUGAAACCAAGCAUAAUCCGGGUACACCACACUAUAAUAUAACUAUGUCAAGAAGAACUAGACGGCCUAACAAUCUCAAAAUAGAGCCAUUUGGAAGUACGUGUUUUGAAGAAAAUAAGUGUUCAGGGGAUGAAGAAAAGGUGUAUGGAGGACAUAAGAAUGAUGAUCAUCAUCAGCAGAAAAGCUUGAAGGAGCUGAUUGAAAGCAGUUGUCCACUUGCUCAGCACUUGGAGAUCAAGGAAGAAGAGAAGCAACAAGAUCUGGUCAUUAUUCGAAACGAAAAAGGAGUGAAAUUCAAGAAAGUUGUGAGACAUUGUGUUGACGCUAUGAGCAGUUUGAUCAAGGUAAAACAAGACCCUCCUUUAGGGCCCCGGAAAAAACCGAUAGGACCAUUAACAUUUGUCAAGAAGAAAUGA